AUGCAGGAUUUCUCACUAGAUGCUUCGUCAACUUCGAUCUUCAAAAAAGAGACUCCUCAACAAAUUUUAUCCCGUCUUCCAGAUGAAUUCAUGGCCACCGAUCUAUCUAAUAACACCAAUUUUGAUUGGUCAGAAGAUGAUGAAGAGAGAGAGAAAGGUUUGAUGAUGAACGGAUCACCGUCGUCUCCAUCGUCAAUAACAUCUUUACACGAACCAAAAAAUUCGGUGAUUUCUUUCAACUCGCUUGACCACCUUCAUACAAGCCAAGCUCAGUCGUCGACUAUCAGCACAAAGACCAACAAUUCGUCUCUUUGUACUUCACCAUAUCUUCGAGCUGUUGCUCCUUCCUUUUCUACGGAUGGGAUGGGAGUCAAUCCCACUACCAAAUCAGGAUUUUUGGGCGUAGGAUCUUCGUCUUCAUUUUUGAGGGUCAUGAAGAUUGACAAGAUUGAUGAGGAAGAUGUCGCAGAUUUUGUGAAUUCUGGUGCCACAGAUACGGAUUUUGUCAUGGAUGAUUUUGAUUUGACAUCUUGCAACAACAGUUCUGAAACAAGAAAGCCAAUGAAAUCCCCACCGAACGUGACCAUGAAUCCUCAGAUCAAGAAGCAGAUAGUAGAGGGGUUGAAGAGGGGUCUUGACAACAUGGAACAGAAUAAAAUAGGCGAGGAGCUCGAGCAGUAUCUGAAUAUGAGGUCAACACAAGAAGAGUUUUUGCAAAGCUAUUUCAGAUAUUAUCAUACUUCCUAUCCCUUUAUUCAUAAGGAAACAUUCAUGAAACAUUACAGAAAACAGUUGCCUGUUAAGAAUGAGGCUCAUUGGCUUGUUUUGUUUAAUACAGUUCUUGCCUUAGGCUGCUGGUGUUUACAUGGGGAUCAUACUACCAUUGAUCUUGCAUAUUAUCAUCGUGCUAAGAAAGCUUUGAAUACAGGUGCCAAUGUAUUCGAAUGUGGUAAUAUUAUGUUACUGAGUGCUUUGAUUCUACUGAGCAAUUACUCGCAAAAGCGGAAUAAACCAAAUACCGGAUGGAAUUUCUUGGGCUUAGCAGUAAGGAUGGCAAUAUCUCUGGGAAUGCACAAAGAGUUCAAUGAGCAAUCGAAUAGUCGGGAAACUCGUAAAGAAGAUCUGUUGAAUCUUGAAAUCAAAAGACGUCUAUGGUGGGGUUUGUACAUUUUCGACGCUGGAGCAUCGAUAACAUUUGGAAGACCGAUUAACCUGCCUCCUCCAGAAGUUGUUGAUGUUAAGAUGGUGAGCAACAUAAAUGAUGAUGAGCUUUCUCAGAUCAUUGAGAAUAUGGAUGGUUGCAAUACUGUUACAGAGGAAAUGAUCAACAAACCAUAUCCCACGUUAUACUCCGCCUUGAUUGCACAAACGAAACUGACUUUCCUAACUACACCAUUUUACUCCAAACUGAUCUCCAAGCCUGCUCCCACGUUACAGGAGUGUUUCAGCAUGAACGCGACGUUAGAAAAAUUCAUUGAUGAAUUGCCAGGCUAUUUUCAUGAGGAUGAGUCUGUUGCUAAACGAGAAUUUUUCAACUCUUUACCAACAAAUCUUCGUCAAUCGACGAAUGAAUCACAUCUACCUGAAUGGUUUUUGCUCUCCAGAAAUAGGCUCAUUUGGAGAUAUAGAAACAUGCAAAUAAUUUUGUUCAGGCCUUUUAUUUGGCAAAGAAUUGUGGGAAUUUCCAAUCCUGAAGUGAUGGAAAGCUGCAAAACUGAGGAAGCCAAAGAAGGAAGAAGAAUUUGUCUCAAGGCAGCUUCUGAAACAAUCAAGUCAAUUGAUAAAUUUGUGAAGGAUAAUGAAUCUCAUCUAUCCAUCAUUGCCGUGUGGUAUGCAACAUAUUUCUUGUUCCAGGCUGUUUUGAUCCCAAUUGCUUGCCUGUGUUCUGACUCUUCAUCUUCACAUUCCACUUCAUGGAUGGAUGAUAUUAAUCGCGCUAAAAAUGCCUUGUUAGUUAUGUCAAAAUAUAACUCAAUGGGGUCUAAGUUGACUAAGGUUAUAAAUAAGCUUCUGGGCCAAAAGUCAACUCCAUCAAAUUCGAAGCAAACAGCACCUAGUGAAAAACAAUUUGCUAGCUAUCCAGUUACGAAGGUCAACAGUACAUCUUCGAACGAUUCUCUUUAUAGCCACCCAUCAAGUUGUUUCGCCAAUCAAAGAUAUCCGACAACAGUGUCUUUUGAUGGAUCAAAGCUUGCGAAAUUAACGGAACCGUCAAAGAACUUCAUGGAUAACGUGAGUGAAGAUAUUAGCGCCCAGAACAUGGAAUCGUUCGUGUCCUUGGACACUUAUUUGAAUCUUGAUACGGACAACACCCCUGAUUCUGCAAUGUUUGACUUUGAGAAAAAGAGGAAACUGUCGAAUGCAGAAAAUAUGAAACCUUUCAACUCGUCUAGCACAUCGCUUUUCAAUACAGGACAUACAACUUCAGCUUCCAAUUCCGUUGCCACUCUGAAUAAUUUUGACCUGGACCCUGGUACAGAGCACAAGGAUAAGGAACAGCAUUCCAACAAAAAAGAGCUAUUAAAUGAUAUCUACUCAAUGCUUUUUGACGAAUUUACUGAUCCGAUGGCCUUUAGCGUCUAA